CAGGAACAGUGUGUGUAAGUGACCAGGCCCACGAUCAUUGCACUGGAAGAAAGCCUGCACAUCCACUCCACACCGAUGGGCUGAUCUGUUUUUGCAGCGCAUUCGCUCUGAUUCCAGUCCGUGUGUAAGAGGCACUUUGCACAUUUUCCUCAGUAUUUCGCUGUCCUGAUGAAGUGUCGGCAGAGGGAGGAGGAACCCACAGAGAGGAAGGAAACGGGGACAACGUCACGAUAAGCAGAAUCGGAGUAAAAAACGGACUGAAUAGUGUUUAAUGGACAAUCCUUGAUGCGUCCUGGAAAGCCAGACUGGAGCUGAUGGUGUUUAUUUGCGACGCACAGGAAGCCAAACCAUGUUUUUGUUGACUUGUCGGGCGUGAAAAAAGAAAAAAGGGCCAAAAGGAAACGGCAAAAACCCGAGCAGAAGCUGAAUUCAUCUUUUUCAGGAGCUCCACUGAAGCAGAGAAAUGGAAAUUUGUGUAGCCCUCCUACGUUUGGCUGUUUACUGAAGGAUUUGGAAACAGCCUCAUCGUGACACCCGGAGCUUUAAGUGGAUUUUCUGAUUCCCAUCUCCCCUCCGCAUCUCAUUUUUAUUUAUUUAUUUAUUUUUUAUUUAUUUGUUGUUUUUUUUAUAUAUAUGAGAGAAAAAGACAUAUAGUUAAUCUUCCACGGGAUUCUGGGGACGGUGCUUUCAUUUUUUUUUUCUACCACAGAAAAAGGAGCAAAAUCAUCGGCAGAAUUAACAGGUGACAGCGCAGACAGAUCAACAUGAGUGAGCUGGAGCAGCUUCGUCAAGAGGCCGAGCAACUUAGGAACCAGAUAAGAGAUGCUAGAAAAGCAUGUGGAGAUUCAACUCUGACACAGAUAACAGCUGGUCUGGAUCCUGUGGGGCGGAUUCAGAUGAGGACGAGACGCACACUUCGUGGUCACCUCGCUAAGAUCUAUGCCAUGCACUGGGGUUCAGACUCGAGGCUGCUGGUUAGUGCUUCUCAAGAUGGAAAACUGAUCAUCUGGGACAGCUACACCACUAACAAGAUACAUGCGAUCCCCCUGCGCUCCUCCUGGGUUAUGACCUGUGCAUACGCCCCUUCUGGCAACUAUGUGGCCUGCGGAGGCCUCGACAACAUCUGCUCCAUCUACUGCUUAAAGACACGCGAAGGCAAUGUCAGGGUCAGCAGGGAACUACCUGGGCACACAGGUUACCUGUCAUGUUGCCGUUUCAUUGACGACAAUCAAAUCAUCACAAGUUCCGGAGACACCACAUGUGCACUGUGGGACAUCGAGACGAGUCAGCAGACUACGGUUUUCUCGGGCCACACCGGCGACGUCAUGAGUCUGUCCCUGUCACCUGACCUUCGCACCUUUGUGUCUGGAGCCUGCGACGCCUCGGUCAAACUGUGGGACAUCAGGGACAGCAUGUGCCGGCAGACCUUCACCGGGCACGAGUCCGACAUCAACGCCAUCUGUUUCUUUCCAAAUGGCAGCGCCUUUGCCACAGGCUCCGACGACGCCACCUGCAGGCUGUUCGACCUUCGUGCAGACCAGGAGCUCAGCCUUUACUGCCAUGACAACAUCAUCUGUGGCAUCACCUCUGUGGCUUUCUCACGCUCCGGCCGUUUGCUGCUGGCUGGUUACGAUGACUUUAACUGCAACAUUUGGGACGCCAUGAAGGGAGACAGAGCAGGAGUCCUGGCAGGCCAUGACAAUCGUGUGAGCUGUCUGGGCGUGACGGAUGACGGCAUGGCUGUGAGCACCGGGUCCUGGGACAGCUUCCUUAAGAUCUGGAACUGACUCGUUUCAUGAACCAUGCACAUAAACAGCAAACACACACCUCCAUCAGACACUGUUCACAUUUCAGGACACAGUUUGCACCCUGUAUUCACACUGUAUGUAAGAUCCGACAGGCAAACUGCGACAUUGUACUGUACAUAAUAAUAAUAUAAGACUUAGAACUGAGUUUACACACACGCGCGCACACCAUACACGCAAUCCAAGGCAACACAAAACCCGUACACACACACCCACACUACCUACAGCUGAUCUAUGUGCACAGCCGCAAGAUUACAGUCACACGCAAACACACGUUUAAUCUGUAAAAUGUCAAAAUGUGACCAAAUGCAGUUGAAUCUUCAGCUCCUCAAAUGAAAAACACAAAUACCACCGUUACCCGAAGCCUUUUAACACGUCUAACACGCUCAUUUACACAAACACACACACACUUUUUCCUGAGAGACACCGCUUCUCGAGUUAAGCAGGGGAGAAGAAGUUAUUGGACAAUUCUGUCUUUGUUUACAAUGAAGUCUAAAAUGCACUUCAGACCAAUUUUUUCUGUACUAUUUUCAUCUCACACAUUUCUCUGCGAUUGUAAUGUGAAGGAAGAGCGGGUGUGGAAGAGAGUAACACUGAAAAUAAUCACUGACAGGCAGGACGGACCGACGAGUCCAAGGAAAACACCAACUCUGAUUUUCAACUGGCUCAAAACAUGGCAUCAUGUUUUUAUAGAUAUCUGCACCCACGUACAGUACAUCUCUUUGGGAAUUUUUGUUUAUUCAAUUUUUUUGUACACUUACUUUAUUCAUGUUCUCCCUGUGUGCCUCAGAUACACUUUAAUGAUUAUCAAUAGAGGAUAUUGAUAUUAUUAAAUUAACUCAAAAAACCUGAAAUUCAAGAGGUGAGUGAAAAAUAAAAGCAUUAUAAAACACAUCUUACUAAAGCAGGAGCCAGUGUUCAUACUUUGACUUUGUCAAUAUGUAAUCGGGACAUUAUGAUGGUUUAAUUGUACAUAAUAUUAAUAAAACACACAGACUCUCCUGCCAACUAUUGUGGUUUCUUUUGAAAACUUCUGAAACAUUUGGAAAUAUACACUUUACACACUUUAAUGAUAAACUAAGUGAAUAUCAACACACAUUUUGGUGAUUUUUAGCCAGUGAUGGGCUUUGUUAUAUUCUGAUUAUGAGUAGAAAUUUAGUGCGUUUGUUAUUAGAAACAAAAUUCAAGCAAACCAAAAUCCAGAGAUAUGCAGCACUAUGCAAAAGUCUUGGGUCGCCUUUAGGCUUGUUGUUUCUGCAGGGUCGAAAUGAGUACUUAUUUUAUUUCUGUGUCUAUAUGUCAGAUUCAACAAGAAAAUACUGUGUACAGUGUUAAAAAGACACAAAAAUAUAAACUAAAUAGCUUCUACAGGCUAAAGUCAGCCUUUAAUAUAACCUACAUUCCCCAAACCACAAGAAACACUGGACAGUCAACACAGUGAAUCUCAUACUGUUUGAAUGAAAGAGUUUAAACCAUGUUAAGUGCAUGUUGAGGUCAGUAAAUACUUUGGUUUGUAUAAGUUAUAUUUUCCCCUGAAACUUCUGCUUAAUGUUGCACAUAUUUCUUGUAUGCCCUGGUUGUAUCUUAAUACAGAAAAUGAGAACUGCAUAUGAGUGGUUAUUGUAACUUUGCUAAAACCACAGACCUAAUAGUGGUCUAAGGCUACACAGUACUGUAAUACUGGAAUUAAUGUACAGAUAUGUAAUGUAAGGUUAAUACAGCUUAUUCUUGUGCACCAUAGACUUCCCUUGUUGUCCAAAAGCAAAAACAAGCCACAUCUGUACACUGGAUGACAUGUAUCUCAAAUAAACUGGAUAUAUUUUCAGUUGAACCUA